UCCACCUGUACCAGCUGGACAUCACGGUGAAGCAGGGGCGUAACAAGGUGCGGGAGAUGUUCAUGAAGAACGCCCACAUCAGAGACCCACGGGCCAUAGACAUGCUGGUUAUUAAGGGGAAAAUGGAGCUUCAAGAAACCAUUAAUGUAUGGAAGCAGAGGACACAUGUCAUGAGGUAUUUCCAUGAGACGGAAACCCCACGGCCUAAAGACUUUCUGUCCAAGUUCUAUGCAGGCCACGAUCCUUGA